UGAGUGAAGUGUUGUGUCAAAAUGGAGUCGGAAAUCAGCAAAAUGCCAACCAAAAUACCGCCGAAAAACUUCUCAAUCGAAUCGAUCGUAGGCAUCAACGAGCGAAGAUCCCCCGAGAUCGAUAUUGAGAACAGCAUAUCUCAGGAUUACUCGGAGGAUGAAGCUAAAAUCAGGGAUUCGAAGAUGGGGUACUAUUUUCAGCAGAAUCGGGUGCCGAACUUCCCGUUUUUCAUGUCUUAUGAUAAGAGGGUGAUGGGGUUUGAGGGUCAGGGGGAGGAACUGAAGAGGGCUAGCCCUGGAAGUGCGAGGAGCGAAGUUGAUAGCGACGGGGUGGAUGAGAGACCUCAUGAAUCGCUCAGUCCCCAGUCGGAACAAAUGACCAACACGAAUUCGGUACCAGAUCCAAAUAUAAGACGAUACCGCACGGCGUUCACCCGGGAGCAGUUAGCUCGACUUGAGAAAGAGUUCUUCAAAGAGAACUACGUCUCAAGGCCACGACGUUGCGAGCUCGCUGCGCAGCUCAACCUCCCUGAAUCCACUAUCAAGGUAUGGUUCCAAAACCGAAGAAUGAAGGACAAGCGCCAACGCAUCGCCGUCGCGUGGCCGUAUGCAGCCGUGUACAGCGACCCAGCUUUCGCGGCUUCCAUCCUCCAAGCCGCCGCGUCCUCUGUCGGCCUCCCCUACCCCUACCCCUCCCCGAUCAUCCCCCCCUUCCACAACCCCCAGCUCAUCCCCGGCAACUACCCGUACUACCCGCGCUACCCGUAUAUCCCUCCCACGCCGCCCUCGCCUGUCAACCCGGAGAUUCGACCGCAGUACUCGAAUUUCAAUUUGAAUGUAGACAAGUAGGUUUUUAGGUUAUUUAUAGGGAUUAGUUGUUAUUGUAUAAUGUUCAGUGAUUUUCAUACAGUUUUAUAGUUGAAUUGGAACUAUUUAAAGUUACAUUGGCUUUUAUAUUGAAUUAUUUCUGUGCCCGAUAAAGGUUUAAUUCGAAUUGCGACUUUAGUAGUUUAACUGUCAAAUACUUUGAUAAAUUCAGUAUGAUUUUGUCCACAACCGGAAUGAUAUUUUAAAUAAGCGGUACUUUUUCACUUAACUUUUUAAAAUAUAUUUUU